UUUAGAAAAAUCUACAGAGGCGGAUCUUGUUCAAAUAUUGACACCAGCAUUCCUAAAUAUUACAUCACAAGAUAACCUACGCAAAGCCUUUUUAGAAUUAGGAGGUGCACAAAUAAUGUUUGAUUAUUUGGAAGAAGAAAAGUAA